CCUGGGCGUGGCGGCCAUUUUGUUUUCCACACGGAGCGGGAGUUGACGGCAGCGGCCGUGGUGAAAGGAAGGAAAGGGCAGGCCGGGUGAGCAGGCGGACCGGCCGACCGGACGACCAGCCAAGAGCCACGAACCAACUUAGCAAUCUACCGCUUAACACAUCUAACCAACCGCCCACCAAGUUAACCCGAGCCCCUCCACCGUCAACUCAGGUUCGGCCGGCCCCCGGCCCACCUGCCGCAGCCGUGGUGGCAGCCCCGGGAGGAGCACUGGCGUCCGUUUCCUUCGAUUCUCGGGAUUUGAAGAUGGCUGCACAGUCUGCGCCGAAAGUUGUGCUAAAAAGCACCACCAAGAUGUCUCUAAAUGAGCGCUUUACUAAUAUGCUGAAGAACAAACAGCCGAUGCCAGUGAAUAUUCGGGCUUCGAUGCAGCAACAGCAGCAGCUAGCCAGUGCCAGAAACAGAAGACUGGCCCAGCAGAUGGAGAAUAGACCCUCUGUCCAGGCAGCAUUAAAACUUAAGCAGAAGAGCUUAAAGCAGCGCCUGGGUAAGAGUAACAUCCAGGCACGGUUAGGCCGACCCAUAGGGGCCUUGGCCAGGGGAGCAAUCGGAGGAAGAGGCCUGCCCAUUAUCCAGAGAGGCUUGCCCAGAGGAGGACUUCGUGGGGGACGUGCCACAAGAACCCUGCUUAGGGGCGGGAUGUCGCUCCGAGGUCAAAACCUGCUCCGAGGUGGACGAGCCGUAGCUCCCCGAAUGGGCUUAAGAAGAGGUGGUGUUCGAGGUCGUGGAGGUCCUGGGAGAGGGGGCCUAGGGCGUGGAGCUAUGGGUCGUGGCGGAAUCGGUGGUAGAGGUCGGGGUAUGAUAGGUCGGGGAAGAGGGGGCUUUGGCGGCAGAGGCCGAGGCCGUGGACGAGGGAGAGGUGCCCUUGCUCGCCCGGUACUGACCAAGGAGCAGCUGGACAACCAGUUGGAUGCGUACAUGUCGAAAACAAAAGGACACCUGGAUGCUGAGUUGGAUGCUUACAUGGCUCAGACAGAUCCAGAAACCAAUGAUUGAAGCCUGCCCACCCUCUUGUUCAAGACUCUUGUUCAAGUCACACAUCUGUAAAUAACCUUAAGAUAACAGAUGAGAAGAAAGCUGAAGGAUACUGAAAGGACCUAUCAUAAUAGGCUGUGGACUGACUUGCCACAAGUUUGUGUGUUUAGUGUGUUCCUUUUACUUUUUGAUACUAUGUUGUAUGAAACCCUUUUUUUCCCCUCUGAGUGGGGUUUUGGUUUGUUAUUUGGUGGGGAGGGGUUUCCUUCACCCAGACUUUUCUUUGAACAUGAAUGUGUUGGCCUUGUGGCUAGUACACCUUCUUCCCCCAUCUGCCUCCACUCAUCUGUCACAUGCUUUGACAGUCUCAACAUUUCCUCUGCUCAUUUUGGUGCCCCAUGAAAAAGUCCCAGAAAGCCCACCAGUGUUCACCUUAAUGUCUAAGUUUCUGAGGUAGAAUUCUGUUUUACGUCAUUUUUAAUAGCCUCUUUAAAAUGUUCGGAAAAUCUGGAGCUCAUAAAUGCAUUCUGCCACAUUGAUAUUUUAGUAAAUUGGGAACAUUGACAUAGCUACAGGGCCACUUAACACGUUACAUGUGCUAGCAGUUCUGAUUUAAUUAAAGUUAUUACCGUGUACAUUUGUACCACAUAA